CCAGCAGUGCACCCACCUGUGCCACUCUGCAGUGUCACACACCUGUGCCCAGAAGUGCCACCUACCUGUGCCCAGCAGUGCCACCCACCUGUGCCCACCAGUGCCACCCACCUGUGCCCACCCACCAGUGCUGCCCACCAGUGCCACCCACCAGUGCAGCCCAGCAGUGCUGCCAUCAGUGCCGCCAGUCAGUGCCCAGCAGUGAUGCCAGUCAGUGCCAUCUAUCAGUACCCAUCAUCAGUGUCACCUAUCAGUGCCGCCUAUCAGUGCUGCAUAUUAGUGCCGCCUAUCCGUGACACCUCAUUAGUGCUGCCUAUCAGUGCCGCCUAUCCGUGCCACCUCAUU